CGGCUCCUCAGCCUCUUUCGGCGCGCUCGCCGGUUGUUUCCUCUCGGGCCAAAAUGGCGGCGGCCGCUGAAGGGGCUGAGUGUGGCUGAGUAAAGAGUCCCUCGCUUUUCACCCUUCCUCCUCCAGGCUUCCAUUAGGUUUUAGGGGGGCCGGGAGUUAACAAGGGGCCGCCGUGCAGGUAAGGUUGCAAAUGAGUCUGGGGAAGGGAGCAAAGAGGCUUCCCUCCGCUUCCCCCAAAGGUGGCUUCGCAUACACUCUUAGGAUGAAACAUGCAUGAUCAGUUCCCGACCCCGUCUCCUGGUGGAGGAUUGGAAAGGGCUACCACUGCAGGGCAGGUGGUGGGAUGAAGGUCUCGCUUCUGUGCAGUUUGGGGGGUGAUUCCUACGUUACCUUUCUCCUUUCGCAUCCAGACCCUUUGCUGGGUGUCUGAGCCAAGUCUCUGAGAGACACGAUCUUACUAUACACACAUACGGUAUAUGAAGGAUCAGAAUGCAUAAGUGACUUGGUAUGUAAAAACAAAUUAAUUAUCAAAAGGUGGCAUCACCAUAUCAGUUAAAAAUCCUCUAGCUGACAAAUCCAAGGAGACCCUUAGCUGGGCUAUUUCCUUAAUUGAUUACAUAUGUAUCUUAUUCUUCCUUCCAAAGGAGCCCAGGGCAGAGAAGAGAAUAAGCUCCGUCUAACCUUGUAUUUGUCAGAAAUACUACUGGGAGAGUGGCCUUAUUUUCAUGACAACGGUUGGGGAGCAGUUUAACUGGUAGCAUUCACAGUAAAAGAAUUGUACGUCAAGUGGGACUGAUGGGAGUUGUAAUCAGUUUUUAGUUGAUUGUAUUUUUAAAUCACCUUAUACAGUAUAACCAAAAGGAGCCUCAAAGCAGUUCACAAAGAUUUAUUAGAAGUCCAAAACACCUGGAGAGCACCAGGUUGGGGAAGGCUGACUGAACUAGAUGGUUCCUUUGUAUUGCCUGUCUUCUCAGUUUAGCUUUUGUAGAACUUGAGCAUCUGUUUGACUUCCUUGUAUUCUUAUAACUUAAGGCAUAUUUGAUUUUUAUUGGAUUAGAGGUGGCUAACAAAUAAUAAUAAUAAUAAUUUAAAAAUGAUAAUAGGGCAAGUGAAGUGUGCAUGGAGGGAGGACUUGUAUAUUGCAGUUCCCCUUCUGGGUUCAUUUUCAGUUGGUUGCAGCUUAUCAUUACGUCUGAAUCCCAAACUGAUAAAUCUGAAUUAUGGUUUUGCAAAACAUGCCAAUGUCAUAAACUACAGUUUGAAGAUGGCAUGUUUCUCUAAACAGGGUGUGGAACCUGUAGCUCUCCAUUUGUUGUUGCACUACAACUUCCAUCAUCCUUUUCCACUAGCCAUAAUAAUUUGGGUUCUUCAGUUGUACAUUUCUAAUCUUUCCUAUUUGUAGGAUUUGAUACAGCUAAGAACUCUAUGCCAUGUUCACAUGUAAGGAAAAACCAGACUUUCUUAAUGUGAACUUACUGUGAAUAAGCUUCUUCAUUGAUGCUUCACACCUCCCCUGGUGUAAGCAAUAUAAACAGACCAGGAAGCCUUGACUUGCCAUAACACCCAACCUAGGGAGUGUGAUUUAUCCCCUAAUCUACAAUUAUUAUAAGAAGAGCAAUGCUGGAUCAGACCAGAGGCCUAUCUAGUAUUCUCUUCUCACAGCCACAAGCAAGACCUGAACACAGCAGCAUUCUCCCCACUUGCACUCCACAGCAGCUGGUAUUUGGAGACUUGCUGCCUCUGACAUUGGAGGUAUAACACGGGCAUCAUGACUAGUAGACAUUGAUUGUCUUAUCCUCCAUGAAUUUGUCUAAUCCUCUUUUAAAGCUGGCCAAGUUAAUCACCAAGCCAGCAACAAACCAUGGCUUAAGCUAGGCUUGAGAUCAUGGCUUGUUGGAAAGAAGCCACAACCCCUGAUCUGGGCGUAAUGGGAAACCAAUAUCAGGUUUGUUUAUCUUGUUUGUGCCAUGAAAGGAAUGAAACAGGAGAAAUUGGGCAGCAUGCAACUGGCAUGCUGUUUAUUCACAGUAAACCAUGAUCAGUUAUAAAGUUCAAAUUAUCAUUAUGUGUGAAAGUAGGCAAUGGCAAAGUCUUUUCAGCUUUAUAAUACAUUUUAUUCUCUUUUGGGAAGGAAAAAAUGACUUCAAUUAUCAAGCUAACCACCCUUUCAGGGGUGCAGGAAGAAUCUGCUCUGUGUUAUUUACUUCAAGUAGAUGAAUUUCGCUUUCUGUUGGAUUGUGGCUGGGAUGAGAAUUUUUCUAUGGACAUCAUUGAUUCCCUACGGAAGUAAGCUAGAACCUGACUUUAAUUAAACUGUUAUUCCUUUGCAAGUAAGCUAAAAACCAGAUGUAGUUAUUGCAUGCUUUAUAUCCUGAUAUAAGGAGACAUCAGUAGUUAACGUGUUUAGAAGGAUAGAGCCCAGUAACAAAAAGAAGAUUAGAGAGAGAGAAAAUUCUCCACCAACUAAUCUGUGGGCAUGGAACAACUAUUCAAUGCUUGUGACCUACUAUGGCAGGGGUUGGCAACAUGCGGCCUAUAGGCCGGAUCCGGCCCACAAAGACUGUUUUACCGGCCCACGAGCUGCCCACUUGGUGAGUCCCCCGUGCACUGUGUUAAACCAGCACAGCGCAGGGACUCGCCAAGUGGCGCAAGAAAUCGCAUCUGCGCACGUGCAGAUACCGAAAAUUGCUUCUGCUCAUGCCUAGAAGCCAAAAAUUGCUUCUGUGCAGGUGCGAUUUUUGGUGUCUGGGCAUGCGCAGAAGCGAUUUCCGGCGCUGCAGACAUGGCCAGAUGCGAUUUCCAGCGUCGCGCUGCGCCGGCCCGGCCCACGGAUGAUCUUUGCGGGAGUGAUCCAGCCCACGGCCGGUAAGCCUUGCCAUCACCUGUACUAUGGGGCCCCAUGGAUGUGAAAGCAAAAGCAAAUCCUCUGCUCAGAGUUCUGCAUGUGAAAAGUCUCCAUGCAGAGCUCUACUCAUUGGAUUGGGGCACAUGUGCAGCACUUCAGUGCACAAAUAAUCCUGUGUGGAUCAGUAGAGUGCAGAGUAGAUUUUCAUCAGCUGCAAUCUAACUUGCUCAAUUUACCGGUAUAUUAUAAUAAAUGCCCACCUUGUUUAUGUUUAUGUUUGCAUUAUCAUUGCUCUGCAUUAACAGCAACUGCAGGCCAGAUUGUAGGACCUGUGUUUGCCUGGUCAAAGAAGGUGCUUUUUGCCUCUGUUAACUUGCCCAUUUGUACAGAUUUGGUUCCAAGGCCUUACAGUGGUGCCUCGCAAGACGAAAUUAAUCCGUUCCGCGAGUCUCUUCGUCUUGUGGUUUUUUCGUCUUGCGAAGCACGGCUAUUAGCGGCUAUUAACGGCUAUUAACGGCUUAGCGGCUAUUAACGGCUUAGCGGCUUAAAGAAAAAGGAAACAAACUCGCAAGAACUCACAAGACGUUUCGUCUUGCGAAGCAAGCCCAUAGGGAAAUUCGUCUUGCGGAACGACUCAAAAAACGGAAAACUCUUUCGUCUAGCGAGUUUUUCGUCUUGCGGGGCACCACUGUAUCUUAAUUUUUGCCACACAGCCUUUUUUUAAUGAAACAUUCUAAUGUAUGAAAACAAUGGUGUGGGAGGCUUUUGAUCCAGUGGAGAAUCAUAGUGGCAGAAAGGGGAAGGUCAUUUUUUGCUGAUUUCAAUACCCUUUCCCGCUUUUCAGAAGAUCCUCCAAUUCUGCAGUAAAGAUUUUCAGGGGGCAAAGGGAGAAAUUGGCAAAACACUGUUCACAGGGUGUUCCUGCCCAUUGUUUAGAUUUAGACUCUGGCAGGUGCAAUAUUUCAUUGAUGUCACUAAAACUGCAAUUUCUCAAAUGAUGGAGUGGCAUGCGAUUUUCUCCCUUCCUGUUUUUCUUUUAUAGAUAUGUUCACCAGGUUGAUGCAGUACUUCUUUCACAUCCUGAUCCUUUACACUUGGGCGCACUCCCAUAUGCAGUCGGAAAGAUGGGGUUGAAUUGUGCUAUUUAUGCCACUAUUCCUGUCUACAAAAUGGGCCAAAUGUUCAUGUAUGAUCUCUACCAGGUAUAGUUCCCUUGAAACUUAUUUAUCCUUCCUUUUUAAUAUUCUUACAAACAAAACUGAAACUUUCACUGAAUAUGAUUGUUAUAUCUUAAGAAUAAUUUCAUGUUCUUUUGUUUGGUAGUCACGUCACAAUACAGAGGACUUCACUUUGUUUACCUUGGAUGAUGUGGAUGCAGCUUUUGAUAAAAUACAACAACUAAAAUUUUCUCAGAUUGUCAAUUUGAAAGGUGAAGAAAUAAAAUUUUAAAGUAAUGAUCAUUGUACUGUCUGUAAUUUGCUGUUCAUUUUGCUCAAACCCAGAUGUUUUUGUAUUUAGAAAAAUAAACCUUGAAAAUGGUUGUACGUAUGUCAAAUGAAUAACUUUAGUCAAAGUGAAUACUCCGUUUUAGCAGAUUUAACGUUCUGCUUGCAUACUUCUUUUUAAAAAAUCUUUGUACACUUCUCCAAGGUUAGGAGGUCUAGAGCAUUUCAUGGGCUUAGUUGCCAUAAAAGUAUAGUUCACAAAUCAUUUUCUUUGUCAUAGAUGUAGGACAGCUUUGUAAAGUUCAUUAGGGCCUUGGGAAAUACUGCAGAGUAAAGUUGCUUGUGAAAUGCCAUUUUAAUGUGACUAACUUGACAAUAAUGUGACUAUAAUUUGACUAUAACUCAAAUAUUAAUGCCAUACUUUUCACCUGAGAUUACGAUGUUCUACAACAAACCUUAUUCGUCUGUGUCUGAUAUGCUGCCCUUUAUUCUCUUAGGGAAAGGUCAUGGCUUGUCCAUCACACCAUUACCAGCAGGCCACAUGAUAGGAGGAACAAUUUGGAAGAUAGUUAAAGACGGGGAAGAAGAAAUUGUUUAUGCAGUUGACUUCAACCACAAGAGGGAGAUGUAUGUACACAAUAUUGAUAUUGCCUGCUGCUGGUUAAUUUUGUUGCUUGAAUGGUUCUGAUUUUUAAAGACGAUGAGAGAGAUCCAGUGCAGUGUGAGUGGGCAUCCACUUGUGCAACGGGGCUUCUUGUUCUCCCUCUUGCAACCCCCCACUCCCAAAAUAUUGAGGGACUUUAUGGAGCUGAUUUUGGGGGGUGAUGGGCUGCCAGGGUGAGAAAAUAAAUGGGUAGUUCUGAUGCACAAGUGGAUGAACAUUAUAUAAUUUUGCCCAUACAGCCUUCUUUUUAAUGGAGCAUUGCAAGUAAGGCUACAGAAAUUAUUAGCCUGCAAACACAUUAAGCCCGGGUUCAUUAUAUGUGGAAUAUCGGUGACCUGAAAGAAGAACCAGCUCAUCUUUAUUUUGCAAAAUAUUCCUGUCCCUGUAGAUAAGUGAUUAUUUACAGGUCUGAAUCAUUAACAAGAAUUUUUAGUGUCUCCUAGUUUGUGGCAAGGAUUGGGUGGACAUGGGUUAUAAUAUCAAAGUUCACUGGAGAAAUAAACAACCCCCUUUUAAUUUCAAGACUCAAAGCUUUAAAAAUAUUUUGAAAUGUAACAUGGCUGGGAAAAGCUUGAAGAUUCUCUAGAUAGCGGCAAAUGCCAUUUUUAGCUAUCUGUUUUAAGACAAAUCCUAAACAAUCAAAACCACUUUCCUUAAAUCCCAUUUAAAAAUAAACUGCCCUACUGCAUGAGAGAGGAGCAGUCUCUUAUAUUGAAUUUCUUGAAAUGAGUUGGUACAUCUAUCAAUAGUACUGUUAUAGUGUUACCCAUGUUCUAAGUACAGAUGUAAAUCCCAAAAUUUGCGUAUGCAAGUUUGUAUGAUUCACAUGGAGAGUCGUAGAUUGGGUUUUAUUUAUAGGAAGCUGCUAUGUUCUAAAUACUCUUUGUGGGUUUUAUUACAAUGCUAUUUUUACACUUAGGAAUGUUCACAGCUGAUUUUAAAAAAAGAAACUAAGAAUAAGGCAUAUGGAACAGAAUUAUUUUUUUCUGAGUGAAAAUGAGGAAAUGGGCGACCAGUAAAUUAUAAAAUUAUAGCUUAAGAAGUACAGUGGUACCUCGGGUUACAGAAGCUUCAGGUUACAGACGCUUCAGGUUACAGACUCCACUAACCCAGAAAUAGUACCUCAGGUUAAGAAUGAGAACAGGAUGAGAACAGAAAUUGCGUGGUGGCGGCGCGGCGGCGGCAGGAGGCCCCAUUAGCUAAAGUGGUAUCUCAGAUUAAGAACAGUUUCAGGUUAAGAACGGACCUCCAGAACAAAUUAAGUUCUUAACCCGAGGUACCACUGUACAUUCAUAAGUGCUGAGAUCCUUAAAUGAGAAUGAGUGCAAAUCCCUCAAUAUAUAUUCUUACUUUUAAAAAUUAUGGAACAUAGACUUUUGCUCAGUUCAAAUUGCCAUCUUGCUUGUUGUCACUGAAGGCUGAUGAGAAACAAGAAGAAGUGCAGAAAGGAGAAGUCCUUCCAAUUCUACAGUUAUAUGAUUCUAUGAUUUGCAGUCUGAUUAUAGUAGUUUUGUUCAUUUUUAAGGACAGUACUCAGUUAACCCAUCCUGUUAGCACAAGGAUUUCUGCUUGCACAACAUGACAGCCCACCUCACCCUGCUCCCUGCCUCUGUGCCUGUGCUCUCAAUUCUGUUCCAGAGGCAGAAUGUUAAUUUAGCGUUUCCUUGGAUUCUACCCUAAGCAAAUAGAUUAAAACACUUCGGUGUGUCAGUUACACCGAUCCUUCCAUAUCCUGUUCUCUGCUUGGCUUUUCUGCCCAUAUUUUCAUUAGGUGUCAUCCAGUGGUGUCUGUCCGCUAGCGCAAUGGACUUCCAUUUGUGCAACAGGACUUGCUCUCCUCCCAUGUUCAUCCUUGAAAUUUUCUCCAGUGUUGAGGGACCCUCCAGAGCAGAUUGAUGCAAGGGUGGGAGGGGCUGCAGAAGGAAGGAGAGGGCAGGUGAAGUCCCAUUGCACAAGCAGAAAAUUACUUGUGCAAGGUUGGAUAUCACCAAAUGUCUAUUUUAGAUGCCUUGCGGUAACAAUUUACUGAUUCUGCCUGCAAAACUAGGUUUUAAUGUACGCUACAUAAAUCAUGCUGUAUGACAUGCACAGUGGGACCUUGGUUGUUGAACUUAAUCUGUUCCAGGUGUCUUUUUGACUCCCGGAACUGUUCGAAAACCAAGGCACGGCUUCCAGUUGGCUGCAUGAGCUUCCUGCACUCAAUCAGAAGUCGUGUCGGACGUUUGGCUUCUGAAAAACAUUUGCAAACCAAAACACUCACUUCCGGGUUUGCGGCGUUCGGGAGCUGAUUUGUUCAGGAGCCAAGCCGUUCGACAAUCAAGGUACCACUGUACUUGUGAUUAAACUGAUAGCAAAUUUGGUUGUUACGUAAGCUAACGUCAUAGAAAAUUUCUGCUACAAUUAUAAUUAUAUCAUCACCUUUCUUUAACUAAAGCACUGCAAUUGUUUGAUGUAACUUCUCUUUUAGCCAUUUGAAUGGAUGUUCCCUGGAAAUGCUAAGCAGGCCUUCCUUGCUUAUCACUGAUUCCUUUAAUGCUACUUAUGUACAGCCACGACGGAAACAAAGAGACGAACAGCUACUAAGUAUGUAUUUUUCCAUAGCAGCUGGGAAAAUUCAGUUUCUAAUAGAAUUUUAAAACCUAGCUUCCAUGUGGUGUUCAUAAAUAUUAUAAGAAAAAGGAGAAAAAAUAGUCUUGUUCUUUGGAUAAAAUUGUGAGUUUCAGACACACCCAUGCACACACCCCAGUUGAAUAGAUUUCUAGAAAAUUAACAGCUUAAGAGGAUUAUAACUUUAAUUUGAAAUUGCAUAUUUUGUGUGUGUGUUCAAAGAAAGCCUUUAAUGCACUACAUUAAAAUCAACUGCUUGUAAAUUCCCUCUUUUUCAGGAAUUAAGAUUAAUCUGGAGACAUUCUAGGGAGUUCUCUAUUGUGGGUCAAGUGUUAUAUUUUAAAUAAAUAGAUAUAUAUGUUAAAUAAAUGCAUUCAAUAAAUAAAUCAUAUGGUGAAGCCCAGUGGCGUAGUGUGGGGGGUGCAGGGGGGGCCGGCCGCACCGGGCGCAACGUCUGGGGGUUAGGGUUAGGGUGCGCAAAUCCACGGGUUAGGGGGCGCAAAUUACUUGCCUUGCCCCAGGUGCUGACAACCCACGUUACGCCACUGGUGAACUCUAAGACUCCCUACAGAGUUCUAGGAAGUGUGUAAAAACAUUUCUUUUCUUUAAAAAAAAAUGAUUGCGGAAAAUAAUUUAAUUUGGAGUAUUUAACUAUUUCCUGAAUAUGGAGUUGUGAAUAUGAUUUUUUAAAAACUUAUCCAAUUUUAAUGUAAUGUGAUGUGAAAUUAUAUUGUUUUUGAGAAAGCAGUUACCAUUAUUUAAUUAGAAUCUGAUUUGGAAGCCACGUGUAGAUAAAAAUAUAACCCUUAUGCUAAUAGGGUUUUCCUCUGACUAUUAAAAGGAAAUGAUUUAUAUACAUAUGAAUUAGGAUUCAAAUGCUGCCACAAAACUAAUACAUUGUUUUCUUUUCUCCAGCAAAUGUCUUGGAAACACUGAGAGGUGAUGGAAAUGUCCUAAUAGCUGUGGACACUGCAGGCAGAGUUUUGGAACUUGCCCAACUGCUUGAUCAAAUAUGGAGGACAAAAGAUGCCGGUUUAGGAGUCUACUCUUUAGCACUUUUAAAUAAUGUCAGCUACAAUGUUGUAGAAUUCUCAAAAUCUCAGGUUGGUUUUGAUAGCAGAAUAUUAGACUGACUUCUGUAAUUAUAUCAAGCCUUUGCCCAUGUCCAUAGUAUUUUACAGCAACACUGUGUUGCUAACCACCUGAAUCGUGCAAAUACAGAACAGGUAUUUAUAUUAUCCCACAUUGGAUAACUUAAGAUCAAGGAGAAAAGCUGAUAGUAUAAAUGGAAAGUCCUUCUAACACUGUGACUUGGGGUAGCCAGUUGGAGUAGAAAGUGCUUAAGGCAUGUAGACUAGUACAGUCGUACCCUGGAAGUGGAACGGAAUCCGUCCCGUAAGUCCAUUCGACUUCUAAAACGUUCAGAAACCAAAGCGUGGCUUCUCAUUGGCUGCAGGAAACUCCUGCAGCCAAUCAGAAGCCCCGUUGGACAUUUGCUUCCAAAAAUAAUUUGCAUACCGAAACAGUCACUUUCGGGUUUGUGGCAUUCAGGAGGCAAAACGUUUGAGAACUAAGCUGUUCAAAAACCAAGGUACAACUGUAGUCUGAUGCCAUAUUAGGUAGUUUCAUAUGUUUGCAAGUACUAUUUAAGCACCAUUUAAGCACUCUUUGCUACAUAGGUGUUGCAACUCAGUACAACUUGCUUUCCCCCCCUUCCUACCUACAGGUUGAAUGGAUGAGCGACAAACUGAUGAGAUGCUUUGAGGAUAAGAGGAACAAUCCUUUUCAGUUUCGUCAUCUCUCUCUCUGUCACGGGCUUGCAGAUUUGGCGCGGGUUCCUAGUCCCAAAGUUGUCCUUGCCAGCCAACCAGAUCUGGAAUGUGGGUUUUCAAGAGAUCUCUUCAUACAAUGGUGCCAGGAUCCUAAAAACUCUAUAAUUUUAACAUAUAGAACUACUCCUGGCACACUAGCACGUUUCCUAAUAGAUCAUCCCUCUGAAAAAGUUACAGAUAUAGAGGUAAGAAAAUUUGUUCGAGGAGACUGCAGUCAUACUAACCGUCGCGGGAAUUUUGCUUGCUUAUGUUGACCAACUUAUGUUCCCUUGCUUAUAUUACCAAGGGAAAAUACUGAUGAAAAGAAUACCCAUCUUUAUUCAUUUGAUGAGAAGGAAAUACUCUUUCCCCCUCACUUCUUUAAAGAAAACGAGUAAAAUCAUGUAUGGUAAAAUAGUGUUUUAGUAAGAUUAUAAAAAUAUGUGACAACACUUGGGAACUUUUAGGCCUGUUUUGAGCAUUAUUUUUUUCCAUGUGGAUACUUAAGACAGUAAUGUUUGCAUGCACCAGACAUAUGUUUGGAAAUGUGCAUGAUUUUCCAUUAAUUGUUCAGCUAUUUUUUUAUUACAAAGAAGGCACACUUUUUCAUUGUCUCCCAAGACAGAUGAAUGCCAGUGGAUGUGGAAGAUUCAUCUUGAAGACCAACUAUUAGAUUAAACUUUGCGUUUUUCAAAUAUGUGACAUUGCAAAUAGGAUGCCUUCUGGUGUUCUGAUGUUUCUACUCGAAUCUAUAAUGUUUAUCACUCUUUAGGAAAUGUGUUGAGAACUCCUGAUAAAAGGUUGCCACUUAUGUCAGCAAACAUGCCCCUUAUUUGCACAUGCUUUUCUUUUAGCUGAGGAAAAGAGUGAAACUGGAAGGGAAGGAACUUGAGGAAUACCUGGAGAAAGAAAAACUGAAGAAAGAGGCGGCCAAAAAGUUAGAACAGUCCAAAGAGUGAGUACCUGUGGUGGUUGCAAAUGGCCUUUUGAGCAAAUACUCAAAUACUGCUACUUUGCCAUUUCUACAGCACCAAGGAAAAAACACUUUAAACAAUUCUAAGCUUAUUUGAUGUAACCUCAGUGAAACUUACAGUCAUAAAUGCCUUCCGGCAGUAUCAUAAGUCGUCUUGAAACUGACGCUUCCCAAGAUAAGUAGCAACUCCUCGUAACAGUUAACUUCAACCAUUAUGUUCCACAAUACUCUUCUUUUAAUGGUAUAGAUCUAUAUGGGCCUAUGAGCACCCAGUACUGUAGUGUUGUUAGAACUAAGUGGUUGUUAAGCUGGUGUCUUCAGAUGACAAGAGUCCUGGAACCACUCCAAACUUUGUAAGAUUGGAAUAGAAGUAUAAUAUUUUGGUGUUGUUUGCCUUGUGUUUAUAUGAAACUCUAUUUUCGGCUCACAUUCUAGAGCAGAUAUUGAUUCCAGCGAUGACAGUGAUGCUGAAGAGGACGUUGAUCAACCAUCUGUUCAUAAAACUAAGCAUGACCUUAUGAUGAAAGGUGAAGGCAACCGCAAAGGAAGCUUCUUCAAACAGGCCAAAAAGUCCUACCCUAUGUUUCCAGCUCCAGAAGAGAGAAUUAAAUGGGAUGAAUAUGGAGAGAUUAUCAAGUACGUGGGAGAGAAGAGAUAAUAUUAUAAUAAGUGUUAAUAAUAAUUAGUGUUUAAAAUUAAAUGUGCGCCAAGGUAAUAGGUGGCCAUUUUAAAUUUAGGGGAGCCUUUCAGGUGGGAGCCUCACUGAGGCAUACCAAGAGGAAAAACAAAGAUUAUGUGCAGAGUUGAAAUUCCAGAUAUCCCUGACUAGAUUCUCGACAUUGAUAAUUGUCUGGAUGAUUCCAGUUUUUCUGUUUAGGUUGCAAUUAUCUGUGUGUACACACACACACACACACACACACACUGGUUUGAGGGGCAUCUAAUAGUAUUUAAGAAUGUACAACACUGAAUUAUGGUCAUUAAGUUGAGAGGUCAUCUCUUUAGAUAUUUAAUGUUUGUUAUAUCUAAAGAGAGUAUAUCAAGCUGUGUACUGCUUUGCUUUACUCUAAUUGAUCUUUUAUUGUCUGGGUUCUUUAAGUUCUUUAUUAUUUCCUUGUGCUAAAAGUAAGAGAAUUGAACGUUUGCCUGGUUCACACUUAACAUUAAACCAGGGAUGGCAAACCAUAGUUAAUAUGGUUUAAUCCAGGGAUGCCAUGCCUGUGGUUCUCCAGAUGUUGCUGAACUAUAACUCCCAUCAUCCCUGGCUGUUGGCUAUUCUGGCUGGGGCUGAUGGAAGUUGGAGUCUUAACAACAUCUGAAGGUCCAUAGGUUCUACAUUACUGUCUACUCUAGUCAGAAUUCACCACUCCACUCCUGACUUGCCGGGCUGGGCUGGGGGCGGGGGGAGCAAAUCAGAGGCUGGCUUAAUGUUAUGUCCAAACCAGCGCUUGUGGUUUGCUUCCCCCAAACAGAGGGCCAUAGCUCAUUGGCAGAGCAUCUGCCUUGCAAUCAGGUUCAUUCCCUAGUAUUUCCAGGUAGGGUUGGGCAAUAUUCCUGUCUGAAACCCUAGAGCAGGGGUGUCCAAACUUUUUUCAGAGAGGGCCAGAUUUAAUGAAGUGAGGGCUGACCAAAGGGCCAACCGAAGUUGUUUACUUUUUUUAGGAUUAUAGUUGAUUACUUUUUUUAGGAUUUUACCCCAAAGUUGUUGAGCUUUUUUAAGGAUUGAUUGAAGUUGUUGAGGUUUUCUUAGGAUUUUACCCCAGGCACCGGAUGUGCCAGUGCCAGUGCUCUGACCUAGUAUACACCAGUUGCCUUUAUUCCCAAGUGCUAGUACUAUAAUCACACAAAAACUACACUGAAGCAGUAAGCCAAGAACAAACCACCCUAGCUUCCGUUCAUAGCUUGUUUGGAGAGAAACAAACAAUGAGUGCUGGUUUGUGUAUAAAGCUAAGUUAUCUGAUUUGUUUCCUCCCUGGCAUGGCUAAGUCAGGACUUUGGAGCAGCAGGCACUAGUACAUUGCUCAUUCGCAUUCAACCAGGGAUGUGAAACCCACGAACCUCCAGAUGUCUUAUCUUCCUUUUAAAAUAUGCCGCAAAGAAUGCAUAUUUUUCAAUAUAAUUCCAAAAUCGGCAAAACUUUCUUUAAAAGGACAUUUGUUGAGCCUCUUCCUUAGAUUUCUGGAUGCGUAUCAGUGGUCCGUUCUUGAGCUUUGAUGUUGUUAAAUCUGUUUCUCUUCAUUUAGAGAAUAGCUAUUACGUAUAUUGUCUUCCUUCACCAUAGAUGUUUCCUUAGCAUUCCCCUAAUUAAGAAUUGACAACAAUCCUUUGUUUAGACCAGAGGAUUUCCUCGUUCCAGAACUUCAGGCAACAGAAGAAGAAAAGAACAAAUUAGAAUCUGGACUUACAAAUGGAGAGGAACCUAUGGACCAGGAUUUAUCAGAUGUUCCGACCAAAUGCAUUUCAGCAACAGAAUCAAUGGAAAUAAAGUGAGUGUCUUAUUGUUAGUUGCAGCUGGAGGGCGCUAUUGGCAGAUGAGUAGUGAUGGUUAGUUCAUUGCAAUCUGUCACCUUUUACCAACUGAGACUGCCUGAUAACUUGGGCUGGAAAAAAUUCCCCAUUCCUAAUCUUAUCAGAUCACACCAUCUAGAUUUUCACGCUCAAAGAUAUAUGAAAGAAAUUGUGUUGAUGGCUUAUUCUAUAUGUUUAACAACAUAAUGUACAUAUUAAGAAAACAAAGCCCCCUUUGAAGUGAAAUGUUGAAUCAUUCUGUUAAAGUUCAGUAAUGGUGCCAACCUAACCCUGUUUAGCAGAAUGAAUUGUGAACAUUUCCAAACUUUUUCUCAAGGGAAUGCUUUGCUUGCAUAUUAUUUGCAUUAUUUGCUUGCAUAUUAUUUUGCAGCUACAAAAAACAACUUGUUUUUCUCCUUACGUUGCAUUUUAGAGCUCGUGUUACAUACAUAGACUAUGAAGGGCGCUCAGAUGGGGACUCCAUUAAGAAAAUAAUUAAUCAGAUGAAGCCGCGGCAAUUGAUCAUUGUCCAUGGGCCCCCUGAGGCCAGCCAAGAUCUUGCAGAAUCCUGUAGAGCUUUUGGUGGAAAGGACAUUAAAGUAUACAUGCCUAAAUUGCAUGAAACCAUAGAUGCAACCAGUGAGACUCACAUAUACCAGGUAAGAUUGUAGAAUUGGGUAAAAAUAAUAAUAAUUGGCAACUAUCCUCAUAAAAACUUGUAUUUAUUGUUGUAUUCCUAGCUUGUAUUUAAUUUAAUAUUAUGAACUUCCCUGAGAUCUUUUGAGGAAGGGUGGUAUAUAAAUCAAAUAAAUAAAAAUAAGAAUAACAACUAGCCAACCUGCAGUGGAAGUACUAAUUCCUUCUAAUCAAGUACCUAAUCAGAAAUACUGUUUAUGCUUGCCUGUGACGUGCUGGUUUAUUGAGAGACGAUAGUUAACACUUUGUGGGCUAGAAAAGGGUUUUGCAUAAACCUGCAAGGCUGCUGUAUUCUAUUCAAGAAUAAGGAAGUGUGUGUGUGUGUGUGUGUGUGUCUGUGUCUGUGUCUGUGUGUCUGUGUAGCUGCAUUUCCUUUGGUGAGAACAAAGCUAACACAAGCUUUUCACCUCAAGCCGUUUUCCCCCUUCUCAAAGUCCCCUAUAUGGUAUUUUCUUUGGGAGCCUCUAAGUAGCUGGUUGCUGUUGGUACACAGCUGUGUACCUGACUCCAUUAUACAGAAGAAAAUGAGUUGCAAAGACUGGGGAAAAAUCUUGCCUAUAUGCAACAAGAAACACAACUUGUAAAUCAUCAAGAUAACUUGGUGGUGGAAAUGAUAAUUAAAGUAUACAUGCCCAAAAUUGCAUAAAAGUCUUAUGCCCAUAACACUAGGAACAAAAACUUUUGGUUUCGUUAUGUGAUUUACUGCUAGUCUACUUGUCCAAAUUUCACCAUUUAUUUCCACGUUCUUGGAAAGUCUUACUUAUUUCCUCCCUGAGCUGUUUUGUCCCCCACACUAGUACCAUGAUUAUAAAAGUGCUAUGAUACGCUGACCAUAAAGUUCUCUUCUUAACAGCGUGGCUUCCUGUUGACUCCAAGCAUGUAAUGAUACUGAAUUUAAUGUAUAUAAAACAGACUCUGUGGUUCAUCUGUUUCAGUAUAUAUUUUAUAUAUUUAUUUGUGAUUAGGUCAGGUUAAAGGACUCGCUGGUCAGUUCCCUUCAGUUUUGUAAAGCCAAAGACGCUGAACUGGCAUGGGUAGAUGGAGUCCUGGACAUGCGGGUAUCAAAAGUGGACACGGGGGUGAUUUUGGAAGAAGGGGAACUGAGAGAUGAUGGAGAAGAUACAGAGAUGCAAGUGGAUGCACCCUCGUCGGAUUCUAGUGCUGUUGCACAGCAGAAGGCCAUCAAGAGUCUUUUUGGAGAUGAUGACAAAGAAAUAUGCGAGGAAAGUGAGAUCAUUCCUACUUUGGAACCCCUGCCACCGAAUGAGGUAGAAAAACUAGUUCCUCAGCUAAGCUUUUUUUUUUUAAUGCUUUUUAUUAGUUUUCUUACUUGAUGAACACAUACAAUAAAGUAACCAAAAUAAUAAAAUGACAAAAAACAACAACAAGAAGCAUACAUACAACCAUAAAUCCAUAAGUUCUUACACUGUCUUAUGUCACCAUAUUCUUUAUUCCCAAUUCCUUUUCUUCUCUGACAGACUUCCGUCUUCCUCAAAGCAGGUCCGUUUUGUCUGUUUGUUAAACUGCUUCUUUUAUCAUUUCAUCAUUUCUAUUGUUUUCAACAUACUAAUAGUUUUUUUAAGUAAUCUCUAUGAAUUUCCAAUUCCUUUUGGAACUUUUGGUUAGGCUGUCUCCUAAUUUUCUCUGUCAUUUUUGCCAAUUUGAGAUAUUCAAAUAAUUUAUCCUGCCAUUCCUUUUUUUGUUGGUAUUAAUUCACUUUUCCAAUUUCUAGCUAUUAAUAUUAUUGCUGCAGUUGUAGCAUAUAAGAAUAUUCAUAAGAAUAUUUCGUUUGGGAUAUCUGAAUCUACAAUACCCAAAAGGAAAGCUUCUGGUUUCUUUAUGAAGGUUUGCAUAAACUUUUUUUUCAAUUCCUCAUAUCCCAAAAGGUCUUAUUUAUUUUUUUGCAACCCCACCACAUGUGGAAGUGUCCCUUCUGCCUGUUUACACCUCCAGCCAGUAUUAGAUCACGUUUUGUACAUUUUGGAUAGUUUGCUGGGAGUUAUAUACCACCUGUAGAAUGUCUUCAAAAGAUUUUCCUUUAAUGUAUAACAGGCCAUAAAUUUCCAUUCCUUAUUCCAUAAUCUUUCCCAUGCUGAAAGUUGGAUAAUUUUACCCAGAUAUUUUGCUCACUUAAUCAUUACUUCUUUCACCUCCUCAUCUUUCACCUCCCAUUCUAAAAGCAAAGCUUUUAUUUACUUCUCUGCAAGUUGGGUGGGAUAUAAACAGCCCACAUAAAUAUUGCUUUGCAUUGUUACCUUGUAUGCAGAGGAGAUUCUUGAUAUCCAAAUAAGAUACACUUAAGAGUUAACCAACUGAGAUAUAUCUAUUUCAGUGGGACUACCAAGUAUGGUUAAGGGACGUGGGUGGCGCUGUGGGUUAAACCACUGAGCCUAGGACUUGCCGAUCAGAAGGUCGGCGGUUCAAAUCCUGUGACAGGGUGAGCUCCCGUUGUUUGGUCCCAGCUCCUGCCAACCUACGAGUUCGAAAGCACAUCAAAGUUCAAGUAGAUAAAUAGGUACCGCUCCAGCAGGAAGGUAAACGGUGGUUUUGUGUGCUUCUCUGGUUUUGCCAGAAGCGGCUUAGUCAUGCUGGCCACAUGACCCGGAAAAACUGUGUGCGGAAGCGGACAAACACCAGCUCCUUCGGCCUGUAAAGCAAGAUGAGCGCCACAACCCCAGAGUCGUUCGCAAUUGUCAGGGGUCCCUUUACCUUUACCAAGUGACUCAUGUUCUUCAGUGUUAGAAUUCAGGGAUUUAUUUAUUUAUUUAUUGAGCUCUUAUGUAUGGAGCCUGGGUACUUGAUAAAUGGCCUUGCCCUUAUAUAUCAGUGCAAUCACUACAGUAAUUGGGAGAGGCACUUGUAUUCUUAUAUAGCCCUGAGUUCUGCUCUGGCGACAUGGUGCAGCAGGACUUUUAGCAUAGCAGCCUCAGUGUUAUGAAACACACUUCUAUUUGACAUCAGACAGAAGCUGACACUUUUGGGAUUUCAGCAGCUUUUCAAUAAUUUUUUAUUCCACCAGGCCUCCCAGAAGGAUAAUCCUUGUCUGGUUACUGUUGAUUUUGGAACACAAUAAUGCUCUUGUUUUUAAUUUAAUUUAAUAGGCUUUUAUUUGCUUAUUAAUACAUUGUAUUAUAUAUUGAUUUCUGUUUUGCACUCAGCUUUGAUUCUUUUGUGACUAUGAAGUGACUUUUAAAAAAAUUCUCAUAUUGCAAAGUCAAAUAAAUUACACAAAACAGUACAGAAUCAGUUUACUUCAUGAACAUAUGAUAAACAGCAUGAUUGUGUAUAAGCUACCUUGCUAUUUAUCAAAACCAGGAAUGGCCAGCUUGUUCUGUCUGGUUUUAAAUGCAUUUGCUGUUUUUGUGUUUUUGACUGUUUUUAAUUAUAUUAUGUGUAAAUCACACAGUUUUUAAGAAGGCGAUUAAUAAACUGAUGAGAAUAAUAAUGAUCAUCUUCUCCUGCACACAGUUGCAAGUCUGAAAGCAGAACUUUAGUCUUCUAAUUGUGCCAUGAAGUGUGGAAAGGACUGUUGCAUAGCUGUCAGCUUUUCCCUUUUUUUAAGGGAAAUUCCCUUAUUCUGAAUAGGAUUCCUUGCAAGAAAAGGGAAAAGCUGACAGCUAUGCUGUUCGUACAAAGCACUGGGCACUUCUGUGGUGCUUAUGGUCUUAUGGGAGUUCCAUGCAUUGCACUGAGGUCUUUGGGGGGUACAGAUUCCUAGUGGGUUUUGUCCUGUGAAUCCAACACAGGACAUAAUUGUUAAAUGGGUAGAUUGCACAUGAUCUCAUUUACUUGUGGUUGAAUCUUACCACUUAUAAUAUGAAAUGAUUUUGAUGCUUGUAUUUUCAUCUUUCACUCUUCUCCCCCUUCUAAAUCUGUCAAUUAACUUCUGUUUUGCAUCUUCAAAAAGGUUCUUGGACAUCAGUCUGUCUUCAUGAAUGAGCCACGACUGUCUGAUUUUAAGCAAGUUCUCUUGCGAGAAGGAAUUCAAGCUGAAUUUGUAGGAGGGGUUCUCGUAUGUAACAACUUGGUGGCUGUUCGCAGGGUAAGCGCUCUCUCUAUGUGUGUGUGUUUGCUUGCUUUUAUGUGCCAAUCAUAGCAAAUCUCUGUACAGUCUCUAAGUAAUUGGAUGUAACAUGUUUUCUUGCAGACUGAAACUGGACGCAUUGGAUUGGAGGGCUGUCUCUGUGAAGAUUUCUAUAAAAUUAGAGGCCUUUUAUAUGAACAAUAUGCCAUUGUCUAAAGGAGGACUGUAAAUAUAAUAGAUACGGACAUUUUAUUUUUAUGGAAUCCUUUUGCGGCACACGUUUGUAAGGGCAAUUUACCAGCCAUUACCAAAGGUUUCCAGCAGAGGAACCCAGCACUGGAACAAUAUUGGAUAUAUUAAAGAUAAGGUAGCUGUAUAGGUCUCCUGUACAUUUUGCCAGUUUUAUUUUUCAGAUUUUUGUUAGAAAAUACCUGUUAGAUUGUUUCACAACAUUUCAUUUGCAGAUAUUCUUAUGAGAACUGUUUAAAAAAUGAGUUUUAUCCAGAUUAAGUUAGUUGCACUUAGGUUAAGACAUUAUUAACUUAACUCCAUUGAUUUCAAUGGGAGCUAGGUAUAACUAACUUUUCCUUAAUGGGCUGGAUCCAGACUAUUUAAGAAUGUAAAACAUUGUAAGUUAAUGUUAGAUAUCAGUUUUCCUAUUUUGCAAUUAAAAUAUUUCCUCCCAUCCUUGAUUUUUUUGUGAGGGAAUUGUACAUUUACUGUUUUGGUAAAACCAAAUACGAUAGACCAUUGACAGUUAGUCUGUUUCUUGUUAAUAGUUUCCUCCCCGAAUAUGAGAAAUCACCAGGAAAUUAAAAGUAUUUCUUGGUUAUGCUUUCAGUGUAUCUUUCUUCAGUGUUUGGUUAAUCAAUUCAGCCAUUAUUGUUACUAACCAACUGGACACUUAUGAAAAUUGUAUGUGCAGAAAGAAAUGACUUCAAAUGACUGCCACCACUGUUUUGAAAAUGUAUGCUAGAUAUAUUGGUGUGGGUAUAUAUCUAAAAAUUUAUGCACACACACACACAAAUACAUAGAGAGAGAGUUGCUUUUCCACUAACAAAAAGCCUGUUCCAUUCACAGAAUUGAGUGCUACCACUGGGCAAAAACAAACAGAUGAAUUUUAACAGGGAGAAAUGUAAAGUAUUGCACUUGGGCAAAAAAAAUGAGAGGCACAAAUACAAGAUGGGUGACACCUGGCUUGAGAGCAGUACAUGUGAAAAGGAUCUAGGAGUCUUGGUUGACCACAAACUUGACAUGAGCCAACAGUGUGACGCAGCAGCUAAAAAAGCCAAUGCAAUUCUGGGCCUCAUCAAUAGGAGUAUAGCAUCUAGAUCAAGGGAAGUAAUAGUACCACUGUAUUCUGCUCUGGUCAGACCUCACCUGGAGUACUGUGUCCAGUUCUGGGCACCACAGUUCAAGAAGGACACUGACAAACUGGAACGUGUCCAGAGGAGGGCAACCAAAAUGGUCAAAGGCCUGGAAACGAUGCCUUAUGAGGAACGGCUAAGGGAGCUGGGCAUGUUUAGCCUGGAGAAGAGGAGGUUAAGGGGUGAUAUGAUAGCCAUGUUCAAAUAUAUAAAAGGAUGUCACAUAGAGGAGGGAGAAAGGUUGUUUUCUGCUGCUCCAGAGAAGCGGACACGGAGCAAUGGAUCCAAACUACAAGAAAGAAGAUUCCACCUAAACAUUAGGAAGAACUUCCUGACAGUAAGAGCUGUUCGACAGUGGAAUUUCCUGCCAAGGAGUGUGGUGGAGUCUCCUUUGGAGGUCUUUAAGCAGAGGCUUGACAACCAUAUGUCAGGAGUGCUCUGAUGGUGUUUCCUGCUUGGCAGGGGGUUGGACUCGAUGGCCCUUGUGGUCUCUUCCAACUCUAUGAUUCUAUGAUUCUAUGACCACUAUAAUUAGGUUGAGUUAGGCUGCUGCUCAGGAGAUGCCAUGAUCUGUGUGCCAGAGGGCCUCUCCUGCACCCCCUAAGCUAGCCUGCUGCCAUCAGGUGCAGUAGAGGCUGCUUGCGCUGUUGCCAAAGUUAAAGGAAAUCAAAUUGACUUGUAUAUGUAGAAUGGCUAACAGGAAUGUGGGGCUGGGUGCCCUCUUGUCUUUCACGUCGGGCAGCAAAAUGUCUUGAGCCGAUUCCAUUGUUCCAAAAGGGAAGUGAUUCCAAAUCCGGAGCAGCUUUUUCCAUCUGCAGAAGCCUCUGCAGAAACUUCUCAAUACCUUCUUAUGGCCCAUCAGAGUUUCUAUGUCAUAGCCUAAAUUUCAUUCACUUCAGAUACAUUGUGGCACAGUACUUCCACUACUGCUUGGGUGAAAGUUCAAGGAUCAGCCCUGAUUCAUUUUCUGCUUCCACUCAUGGUUCUUUGAAUCCAAGCCACAGAGUUCUACAUUUUAUUAUGUUCCGGGGUGGGGGAUAAAUAUGUUCCUCUCUCUCUAUUUUUGUCCUUUUGGCUAUAGGGUUGCCAGGUUAACAUUGGACCGAAUGUGUUUUAAAAGAUAGAUGGGGACAUUUUGGCGAGCGAACUUUUUAUACCUCAGCACUUUAGGCAACAUGAUAAUUGCUGAACUCUUCUCAGUUUAAAUAGAAACAUUUUCGUGUUGUGCAAGAACAUACUGGUUUCACUACUUCCAUUCUAGUACAGUCAUACCUUGGUUUUCGAACAGCUUAGUUCUCGAACGUUUUGGCUCCUGAAUGCCGCAGACCCAGAAGUGAGUGUUCCGGUUUGCAAACUAUUUUUGGAAGCCGAACGUCUGACUUCCUGCAGCCAAUCAGAAGCCACGCUUUGGUUUCUGAACAUUUUGGAACGGAUUCUGUUCGACUUCCAAGUUGUGACUGUAGUGUUGCAUAUUAAUCCUUUCCAGGAACAAUGUUAUUUUAGUAGCAGGCAGCCUGAAUGAAAUAUAUUUGGUUCUUAAAUGUAUUUCACCAUAGCAGGGGUUACCUACACAGUGCUUUUCAGAUGUUGUGCUGCCAUCUGCCCCAUCCAGCAUGGCCAGUGAUCGUGGGGUGUGGGAGUGUGGAGGUCGUAAUCCAAACAUCAGGAGGGAACCACGUUGGCUACCCCUGCAGUGUAGCAUUUCCACCCCCCAACAUUCAGAUCUGUUAUGGCAUUUUUAUCUAAUGCAGGCCGAGGGCCUUCACCUCUGUACAGUUGCAAUAUUAGAUCAGUUUUCAUCCACUUUCUGAUUGUUAUCUCAAUGAAAAGUACUUUUAAAAAUAUGUAACAUGUUCUUUAAGUUGGCAACUAAAUUAUGAAUUAAAAGUUACUGGCAUUUCUGAAACU